GCCAGAGGUCUUCCUGUUGUCGCUGACGGCAGCUCAGGCAUGAGCAUAAUGGUCAGUCCACGCAGCUGGUUGAUCAUGGUUUCGUGGUUGAGCCUGCGUCAAGUUUCAUCGUAAUGAAACAUUUGGAUGUGAUCAAGUUGUGGGGUUUGUUCUUGAAGUGCCGGAGAGACGAGUUCGAGCACAACCUCGGCGAUAUUAUCCGACAGCGCAGAUGGACAUCUGUGUGUGUCGCUACCGACCCUGCCUGUCUGGCUCCGGUGCUACCAGAGCUGACUGAGAUGGACCACCGUGAACAGCACAGGUGAAUGGGCUUAACGUUGCUAAGGCUUCCGGUAACUUGCAUGCACACCAUGCAUGAAUGUGAUGGGCUGCAUGGGAUGCAGUGCAUCCUGAAAGUCAGUGACAUCCAAGAUAAGGCUGAUCUCAACUCUCAUUGCUCUACUAUAACACAAAUGGGGACCUAAGACCCACCACUGGAUUCCUUGAUUAAAUUUUGCUCCUGAGAGAGACUGGAAGCUAAACUUUAGCUGCCAUGCGUAUCAGUUUCUGCCAGGGCCUGUUAACUGGCGCCAUACUCCUCAACCUCCUCAUUCUCUACUAUGUGUCCCGGGCCCAGCAGCAAAUGAUGGAGAAGAGGAAGGAACUUGGUAGGGGUACAAGGAGGGCAGCUCUACCAGCCUCUGGUCUUGGGGGAGGCCUAGGGCUGCUCGUCGGAGCUGGAGGUGAGCCCGGAGUGGUCGGCUUGGAGGGACACAAUCGUGGCCCACGUGUGACUGUUCUUCUUCGGGAAUUUGAAAAUUUUGAAAAUUACGUUGGGGAUGUGGUUAAGUCCUUCCUUCGUCAGAGACCUGAGCUUCCCUUCCUUGCUGUGGCUGACACGUCUCCGUACCCUCCUCUGGUUCUCUCAGAGGGGGCUCGACUUCUUGUGCUCUCCCCCAGCCCAGACCAGCCUCCGCAAGCUCACAGGCCAGAAUUCCACGUCCAGACAGAGUUUGUUCUGCUAGUGCCUGAUGGGGUGGAGCUCGAGCAGCCUCGGGCUAUCGAGAGGCUGAUCAGGGAGUUAGAAGGUGAGGGUGGGGGGCCCGUGAGGCUGGUUGCUGCACCAGUGCUGGCUCGAUCUGCCGUGCAGUGUCUCCACCUGCGUGUGAACCUCAGGGAGUGGACCGCCACCUACUCGCCAGCUGCGUCUGGGAGCAGUGGCAGUGUGUGCACGGCUCUACAAGGAGAUGCAGUUGUCCUCAUUCGCACUGAGGAUCUUUUUAACCUCUCUGUCCCUCUGGGGCGACCCCUCUUUUCCUCGCUCUUCGUUCAGACUACCUUGAGAGACUGGAAGGUCAAGCUACUGGAGAGCCCCUGUUUCUCUGCAAACCACCGGCCCCUCUUCAGCUCUGCUCACAACCAGUGGAAGGCCGACACUCGACUGAAGGAGGCCACCGGGAAGCUCAUGAGGAGCUUUGGUCUGAAGCGUCUCCUGCUGUCUGAUGGGAAGGAACAGUGGUAUGGCUGCAGUAAAGAGACGCCUCGUUGCUUUGGCACUGUGCAGGAUGACACUCCAGACUACCUCUAUCUGGACCGCUGGACACCUCCUUGCUGUUUGCGAGCACUCAGGGAAACCACCAAGUAUGUUAUCAAUAUCCUUGAGAGCUCGGGCGUGCGUUACUGGUUAGAGGGAGGGACUCUGCUGGGCGCUGUCCGCCAUCAAGAUAUCAUCCCAUGGGAUUACGAUGUGGACCUGGGCAUCUACUUGGAGGAUGUACCCAACUGUGAUCACUUAAAGAACCUGGACUCCGGCUCUCUUGUGGAUGCAAACGGCUAUGUCUGGGAGCGUGCGGUGGAAGGAGACUUCUACAGAGUCCAGUACAGUGAGACCAACCACCUGCAUGUUGACCUGUGGCCAUUCUAUCCACGCAAUGGCAUCAUGACAAAGGACACAUGGACAGAGCACAAACAAGAUGUCGAGUUCCCAGAGCACUUCCUGCAGCCACUGAUUCCCAUGCCUUUUGCCAGUAUCACUGCCUAUGGCCCCAACAACCAGCGAGCCUUCUUGGAGCUCAAGUUUGGAGAGGGGGUGAUUGAGAACCCCCAGUACCCCAACCCUUCAAAAAAGAGGCUAGACAGAAGCAAAUUAUGAGGGACUCACAAGCCUUUUUAUGUCCUUCUAUAUUUGUUCCCUUAGCAACACAGAAAACUUUUUUUUCUUUUUGAAAAACAGCCUAAAAGAUGAUACCUGGAAACUAAUAUGGUGCCAAAAUUACUGCAAUUGCUGUUCACUGUACAACCUACUGUAUCAACAGAAAACGGUAUAAUCACGUCCGGUGAGAUUUUCUCCCUAUUAUCAGUCUUUAGAUGUGAAGUCAAACGUUGGACUGCCUUUUCAUUCUCUUUGAGUGGUCAAAGUCUGUUUGCAAUGGGCGUGAACGCUUCAAAAAUUUUAAUCCAUACAUGAGUGCAUUGACCUCAUGUCAUCAAGAGACCCGUUUGAAAACACGGUGAACUAAAUCUUUGUGCUGUACAGCACAAAGAUUUAUAACUGCUGUAAAGAUGAUAAAGACCUUUAAAUUACACUGAUAUUACAUUAUCUUAAGCAGGAUUUAAGAUAUUGUACAGAAUAAUUUGUGUGAAAUAAGUUGCUUUGCUCUAACAAGUGUUUAAACAUUUCUUGACUGUUGCAUUUUUUUGCACUGAUUCUUUCAAUUUUCUGUUUUGCUCUAAUAAAUGAAUGUAAUGUGAGAUUAAAUGAUAGUGUGGAGAAUCUAAAAUACACUCAUUCUUCCUGUAAUUGAUGGUAUAAAGCGAGGAUGAAAUGUUGCUCGACCAGGUCUUAGUAUUCAGACUGAAUUUGUAGAUCAGUGUUGCUCAGUUGUGUGUGUCACUACCAAGCACGUAUUAUGUGUUGACUGAAAUGGGAUUUUAAUUCACUCAAGGAAAACAUUUUAAAACGUGAGACAUGAAAACACUCACCACAUGAUUACUGUAGUGUUGUUACGAGUUUGAGAUGUAUCUAGGUGUCACUUUGUUUCAUGAACUGGUAAAAAAAAUGAAGGCAUUGGAACCAUUCCAUGUCUUUAUUUUAGGACUGUUGGUAAAUCUCUUGUAAAAAAAAAUAAAGACUAAAAAACCAGAAAAGGUGA